AUGGAGGAACAAAGCAGCCAUGACAUGGCUGCGCAGCAGGAGGCAGCAAAGGACUAUCGACCGAAGCUUCAGGGGCCUUUGGUGGGAGACAAAACUCCUAGUGAAGUCAUCACAAACGAAUACGCAAAAGCAGAUCAAGUCUACGUCGAGAAGACAAUUGCAUUACCCCAAACAUACUCACACUAUCGUCCUAUAAGAGGCGAUGGCAACUGCGGUUGGAGAGCAAUCGGGUUCUCCUACUUUGAGAGACUCAUUGAACGUGGUGAUCAAGCCCAAAUUGAAGGAGAGUUUGCUCGCUUGAAGAGUCUGAACCAGUUGCUGGAGACAGUGGGUAAGUAUGAGUAUACCGAAGAAUUUGCCGGUGAAGCCUUUGAUCUGCUUCGCGAACUUGCAAGAAUUGUCGACAAGCCAGCAGCCGCCCAUUCUUUACUCCAUCAGAGGUGGAAUGACGUUGCUGUGGAAGGCAGCCUUAUAUACUACCUUCGGUUGUUAGCGGCAACGUUUCUAAAGGCAAAUGCGGAGACAUAUGAGCCCUUUAUACCCGGAGGGCAGAGUGUUGAUGAGUAUUGCAGCCAUAAUAUUGAAAUAGUCAAUCGCGAGAUUGAGCAGCUAGGCAUCGUGGCGUUGGUCAACAUACUCUUGAAACCCGUCAAUUUUGUUCUGGAAAUUGCGUAUCUGGAUCGAAGCACCGGAAGCCAAGUCAACCAAUAUCGUUUUCCCGAGGAGGCAAAUGGCAAGGAUAUCUCAGCAUUGGGACCGAUCAUCUAUCUUCUUUAUCGACCUGACCAUUACGACAUCUUGUACCGAACGUCGACGGUAAGGACCUCUCCACCACCGGUUUCUCUGCAGGUGAAUCGAGUCACGGGAUUUACACAUAAUGCUCCAUUCAACGCCACAAGUGCUUCGAUGGGCGCUUUCUCUACGGUGGACUUUGGUGCUCUCAGCAUGAUACCCGGCUUGAGCACUGGGUCUUCCGAUGGACUGGCGGGCUUGAUGUCUAUGCCCGCAGUGACUGCAGCGACCAACCCUAUCAUCGGAGACGCCUUCUCUUCAAGCCAACAAGCGACCUGGAUGCCACAGUAUGGGGCGGACAUACAAUCGACCAAAGGGGAAUCCCCAACACAGCCACCGCCAACCGUUGCGACAAUCCAGCAUCCUUCACCAUCUCCCCUUCUUACACCAACCACACCGAUGAGCUCUAAUGCCCCAAUGAUGCCCCCAUCUGCAAAUAUGGUUCCUCAGCAACUCCCCCCACACAUGACAACCCCCGGAGCCACGGGAUAUCCGAUACGAUUCAGCACCCAUCAGCUCGAGUAUGAAAACAACAGCUUCCCUGAACCUACCUUCCAGGUAACGACGAACACCUUCAAGAAUAGCGUGUGGAAUAGGGCUCACUAUGGGAAUCCUGACUUCCAGCCGGAGGAGUGGAAUCCAGAAGAGGAUGGCGCCGAGAACCGAUUAGCUGGAAAGCGAAAAGUUAGAAAGGACUCGUCUUGA